GUCAUUUUGUGUAUUACUUUUAAUUUUCAAAGUUAACCAUCUUCGCUUGAGAAAAGAGAUUCCUCCAUUGAUACCCACUUUAUUCCACUUCCUCUUCUUCUCUUCCAUGAUCUCUCACUCUUUUAAAACUUCUUUUUAGGGUUUUCAGAAGAGUGGGAGUAGUUAACAGAGAAGAAGCAAAAAUGGCUACUACUUUUAGAAGACAACUUAAGGCCAUGCUUUGGAAGAAUUGGCUAUUGAAAACUCGUCAUCCUUUCGUUACUGCUGCUGAGAUUUUGCUUCCAACUAUGGUUAUGUUGAUGUUAAUAGGCGUUAGAACUAGAGUGGAUACAACUCUUCAUCCAGCACAGCCGUAUAUACGGCAAGGAAUGUUUGUGGACGUAGGUAAAAGUGAUAUUUCACCCAGUUUUGAAAUCAUACUUAGGACGUUGUUUGCCAAGGGAGAGUAUUUGGCUUUUGCACCGGAUACAAAAGAGACAAGUUUGAUGAUCAACUUAAUAUCUAUUAGAUUUCCUAUGCUCAGGUUUGUUUCUAGAAUUUACAAAGAUGAGUUGGAGUUUGAAACUUAUAUAAGGUCAGAUACUUAUGGGGACUGUAAUCAAGUCAGGAACUGUCCGGAUCCCAAAAUCAGAGGAGCAAUUAUUUUUCACGAACAAGGUCCUCAGCUAUAUGAUUACAGUAUACGUCUGAACCAUACAUGGGCAUUCUCAGGAUUUCCAGAUAUCAAAACCAUCAUGGAUGUGAAUGGCCCUUACACCAAUGAUUUGGAAUUGGGUGUUAAUAUUGUUCCAACACUGCAAUAUGGUUUCAGUGGAUUUCUGACUUUGCAGCAAGUUGUGGAUUCAUUCAUAAUAUUUGCUGCUCAACAAAAUGAAACUGACAUUGACGAUGGAAAUAGUAAUUUAACUCGGAUGCAUUUUAGUCCUUCAAACAUCAGGAUUGCUCCAUUUCCAACUCGUGCAUACACUGAUGAUGAGUUCCAGUUAAUCAUCAAAAAAGUUAUGGGAGUACUGUACAUAUUAGGAUUUCUCUACCCAAUAUCUCGUCUAAUCAGCUAUUCUGUUUUUGAGAAGGAGCAGAAGAUUAAAGAAGGCCUUUACAUGAUGGGUUUGAAAGAUGAGAUAUUCUAUCUUUCUUGGUUCAUUACGUACUCGAUACAGUUCGCAUUGUCUUCUGGAAUCAUUACAGCCGUCACAAUGGGGAAUCUUUUCAGUUAUAGCGAUAAAUCGCUGGUGUUCGUGUACUUCUUUUUGUUUGGCCUCAGUGCAAUCAUGCUCUCCUUUAUAAUCACUACUUUCUUUUCAAGAGCGAAAACAGCCGUGGCAGUUGGCACCCUUUCUUUUCUUGCAGGCUUUCUCCCUUAUUACACAGUCAAUGAUCCGGCAGUCCCUAUGAUGUUAAAAGUCAUUGCCUCUUUGCUUUCACCUACGGCUUUUGCGCUUGGGACAGUCAACUUCGCUGAUUAUGAACGCGCCCAUGUUGGAGUUCGUUGGAGCAAUAUGUGGCGGGCAUCAUCUGGAGUGAACUUUUUGGUGUGUCUCAUGAUGAUGUUGGUUGAUACACUAUUAUAUUGUGGGAUUGGUCUGUACCUGGAUAAGGUCCUUCCUAGAGAGAAUGGAGUUAGUUAUCCGUGGAACUUUGUAUUUAAAUUCUGCUUCUGGGAAAAGAAAAGCACAUCCGAACAUGAUUCUGGCAACUUAGAAGUUAAACACAGUGAUGUGUUUUCCGCAAAUGAGUUCAUGUACAAUGUCAAUGGUAGUUUGUCUGAGCCUGCAGUUGAAGCAAUAAGCUUGGAUAUGAAGCAACAGGAGCUUGAUGGCAGAUGCAUUCAGAUAAGGAAUCUGAGUAAGGUUUACAUAAACAAGAAGCAGAAGUGCUGUGCUGUUAACUCAUUAUGGCUCACUUUAUAUGAAAAUCAGAUUCUGGCUCUUCUAGGGCACAAUGGAGCUGGUAAAAGCACAACAAUUUCUAUGCUAGUUGGCCUUCUUCCUCCUUCUUCCGGGGAUGCUCUUGUGUUUGGGAAAAAUAUCAGAAGUGACAUGGAUGAGAUAAGGAAGGGGUUGGGCGUGUGCCCACAACAUGAUAUUCUCUUUCCCGAAUUAACUGUCAAGGAGCAUUUGGAAUUAUUUGCCAUUUUGAAGGGUGUUGAAGAAGACUGUGUAGAGAAAUCUGUCAGUGAAAUGCUUGAUGAAGUUGGUUUGACAGAUAAGGUUAACACUGUUGUGAGGGCUUUAUCUGGUGGCAUGAAGAGGAAGCUAUCCCUUGGAAUUGCUCUUAUUGGAAAUAGUAAGGUUAUCAUUCUCGAUGAGCCUACCAGUGGAAUGGAUCCAUACUCGAUGCGUUCAACGUGGCAAUUAAUUAAAAAGAUCAAGAAGGGUAGGAUAGUAUUAUUGACAACACACUCUAUGGAUGAGGCAGACGUGCUAGGGGAUCGGAUUGCUAUCAUGGGAAAUGGUUCUUUGAGGUGCUGUGGGAGUUCUCUUUUCCUGAAACACCAGUACGGGGUUGGCUAUACUCUUACUUUAGUAAAGAGUGCACCUGGUGCUUCUGUUGCAACAGACAUUGUUUACCGCCAUGUUCCGCUUGCAACUCGCUUGACUGAUGUUGGUACAGAAAUUUCAUUCAGACUUCCUCUUGCAUCAUCAUCUUCGUUCGAAAGUAUGUUCUGUGAAAUAGAAAGCUGCACCAGAAGAACUAUCACUGACACAGAAACAGGUGGUAGCCAUGGAGAGAGUGGUGUUGGCAUUCAGAGUUAUGGAAUCUCUGUUACAACACUAGAGGAGGUCUUCCUUAGAGUUGCAGGAUGUGAAUUUGAUGAGACUGAAUAUGUUUCACAUAAUAAAGCUCUUGUUUUAGCCGAAUCUAUGGUUUCUGAAGCGUCACAUCAUACUCAGAAUAAAGCUUCAUCUCCAAAGUUACUUUGGUGGCACUAUAAGAAUGUUCUAGCUAUGAUAUUUACCAUAAUGGGAAGAGCUUGCAGUUUGAUUUUCAAUACAGUUUUUAGUUUCUUAAGUUUCUUAGGCAGCUAUAGCUUUUGUAUUACCCCAAGGUCUACAUUUUGGGUACAUUUUAGAGCUCUUCUUAUCAAGAGGGCAGUAUCUGCCCGGCGAGAUCGAAGGACAAUCGUCUUUCAGCUUUUUGUUCCUGCCGUCUUCUUGUUUCUCGGCCUUCUUCUAGUUAGGCUUAAGCCACAUCCUGACCAGCAGUCUGUGACGUUUACAACUUCGGAGUUUAAUCCUCUGUUACAAGGUGAUGGUGGUGGUGGACCAAUCACUUUCAAUCUAUCUAGGCCUGUCGCGGAACUGGUUGCACAACAUGUACAAGGGGGUUGGAUUCAGAAAGUUGAACCAAGAUCUUACAGGUUCCCUCAUCCAAGAAGGGCACUAGCUGAUGCUAUUGAAGUUGCAGGUCCAGAAUUGGGCCCAUCACUUAUUUCAAUGAGCGAAUAUCUAAUGACUAGCUUUAAUGAGUCAUAUGAGUCGAGGUAUGGAGCAAUCAUAAUGGAUGAUCAAAAUGAUGAUGGAAGUUUAGGAUAUACUGUACUUCACAACUGUUCUUGCCAACAUGCAGCUCCAACAUAUAUCAAUCUGAUGAACAGUGCAAUUCUGAGGCUUGCAACUCGUAACGAGAACAUGACAAUCCAAACACGUAAUCACCCACUGCCUAUGACAUCAAGUCAGCAUUCACAGCGUCGUGAUCUGGAUGCAUUCUCCGCGGCAAUUAUUGUUACAAUUGCCUUCUCCUUCAUUCCUGCCUCAUUUGCAGUUUCUAUUGUUAAGGAGCGUGAGGUAAAAGCGAAACACCAGCAACUACUUAGUGGGGUUUCUGUACUGUCCUACUGGACUUCAACUUAUACAUGGGAUCUUGCGAGCUUCUUAUGUCCUUCAUUUUUCGCAAUAAUUCUCUUUUACAUAUUCGGUCUGGAGCAGUUUGUAGGAAGUGGUUGUCUAUUGCCAACACUUCUCAUAUUUUUAGAGUUCGGGUUAGCUAUUGCAUCAUCAACAUAUUGCCUCACUUUCUUUUUCAGCGAACACUCCUCAGCACAGAACGUGGUUCUCUUGGUGCAUUUUUUCACUGGACUCAUUCUUAUGAUGGUCUCAUUUGUUAUGGGGAUUAUAGAAUCUACUAAAACCGCAAAUUCCAUCCUCAAGAAUUUCUUUAGAUUAUCACCCGGGUUUUGCUUUGCGGAUGGACUGGCUUCAUUGGCUCUUCGACGGCAGGGAAUGAAACUUGGAUCUGGUGAUGGAAUCCUUGAUUGGAAUGUAACCGGUGCUUCAAUUUGUUAUUUGGGUGUUGAGAGUAUCGUUUUCUUCCUGCUCACAAUUGGGCUCGAAGUCAUACCUUCACAAAAGUUGGCAUCAAUCACAAUGAGGGACUGGUGGAGAAGGUUUAGGCAAUUCCGGUUUAAUCCUUCAAACAGUUCUUAUGAACCUCUAUUGAAUUCAUCCUCUGAUACUCCUGCACAUGAUAAUGAGAGAGAUAUAGAUGUACAGGCAGAACGAGAUAGGGUACUUUCAGGUUCUGUUGACAAAGCCAUAAUUUACUUGCGCAAUCUUCGGAAGGUGUACCCUGGUGGAAGAAAUGUUGGCCCAAAAGUUGCAGUUCAUUCAUUAACUUUCUCUGUGCAAGAAGGAGAAUGUUUCGGGUUUUUGGGAACAAAUGGGGCAGGGAAGACUACGACUUUGUCAAUGCUUUCUGGGGAAGAAUGCCCAACUGGUGGAACAGCAUACAUCUUUGGCAGUGAUAUAAGCUUACAUCCACAAGCUGCUCGUCGGCAUAUUGGUUACUGCCCACAGUUUGAUGCACUGUUAGAGUUUCUAACUGUCAAAGAGCAUCUUGAGCUUUAUGCGAGGAUAAAGGGGGUCGCUGAAUGCAGGAUAAAAGAUGUUGUGGAGGAAAAAAUGGAGGAGUUCGAUUUGUGGAAGCAUGGGAAUAAACCAUCAUGCUCACUUAGUGGAGGAAACAAGCGCAAAUUAUCUGUUGCAAUUGCAAUGAUUGGAGAUCCUCCUAUUGUUAUUCUUGAUGAACCAUCUACAGGUAUGGAUCCCCUUGCCAAAAGAUUCAUGUGGGAAGUUAUAUCUCGUCUAUCAACCAGACUGGGGAAGACGGCAGUUAUCCUAACCACCCAUAGUAUGAAUGAGGCUCAAGCACUAUGCACAAGGAUUGGAAUAAUGGUUGGUGGCAAGCUAAGAUGUAUUGGAAGCCCUCAGCAUCUUAAAAGCCGUUUUGGAAAUCACCUUGAGUUGGAGGUAAAACCUACCGAAGUUAGCUCUGAGGAGAUGGAUAAACUUUGUAGAAGAAUCCAAGGGAGGCUUUUUGACUUGCCAUUGCAUCCACGGGGAAUAUUUAGUGACCUUGAAGUUUGUAUAGGAGGAAGUGACUCCAUAACAUCGGAGAAUGUAUCACUGGCAGAGAUUAGUUUGACCGAGGAAAUGAUGAUUAUAGUUGGACACUGGCUUGGCAAUGCAGAAAGAAUAAGGACUCUCGUAUACGCUGCACUCGUUACUGAUGGUGUGUUUGGUGAGCAGCUAGCAGAGCAGCUAAUGCGUGAUGGUGGUAUCCCACUACCCAUAUUCUCUGAAUGGUGGUUACUUAAAGAAAAGUUCUCAGUGAUUGAUUCAUUUAUCCAAUGCUCAUUUCCUGGAGCGACAUUUCAUGGAUGCAAUGGAUUAAGUGUCAAAUAUCAGCUGCCAUAUGGAGAGGAAUCUUCACUAGCGGAUAUUUUUGGACACCUGGAAAGAAAUAGAAAUCAACUAGGAGUCGCUGAGUACAGUAUCAGCCAAUCCACACUGGAGACCAUUUUUAAUCAUUUUGCUGCUAUACCUUAGCUCUGGGGAAGAGCCGGUAUUAAAUACAAGCCAGCCAUCCAAAGCAUCAUAUAGAGCUCCGUCUUUUAUGUUUCUUUUUUUUCUUGGUUGUUAUCUGAUGUAUAUGAUGUAGUUUUUCUUUUCGGGCCAAUUACACAAUGGUCAUACUUUUUGUAAUUCGUUCACAAAAUGGUCACACUUCCAUCCUAUUUAACACUUUUGAGUAAUAUGUUAGAUGUUGCCUGUUGUGUUGAAGGAUGAGAACUAUGUUCAAAUUGUUUGUGAUUAGGUGUUAGUAGUGGAUCCAAAAAGAAAAGUGUAGUUGGUUUUGUGAUGAUUUUUAAAAAAACAACAACAAUAGGCAUGGUUUUUUGUUU